AUUUGCUGGAUUAUGUGCGUGAUAAUGUGAAAGGGGAAAGGACGCGACACAAAUUUAUCCUUAUUUAGACUCGAUUACCUGCGGAGCGAUCGCGUGCUGUCCAGACGAUAUACAUCUUAAACAAUAACAAUUAAAGGCAUAUUGUGGUAACAAUAAUACACGUUAACGAUAUGGAGGGAAGCAUGGUGGAUAACCCAAGCGGCGACAAUUUGGACCGAUCCGAGGAUGAGGCGGCCCUUCAGGGAUGCUGCAGUCCAAAAAAAGCGCCCUACAGAUUUCUGGGCCUAGCGCUCAUGUGUCUGCUUGGAUUCGGCUCGUACUUUUGCUUCGAUAACCCUGGAGCAUUACAGGAUAAUUUUAAAACUGACUUGCAAAUGUCGACUAGCACAUUUGUUUUAUUAUAUUCUAUUUAUUCUUGGCCGAAUGUCAUUCUAUGCUUCAUUGGUGGAUUCCUGUUGGAUAGCGUCUUUGGAAUUCGAUUAGGUACGGUGAUAUACAUGGCACUAACGUUAAUCGGUCAGAUAAUUUUUGCGAGUGGCGCUAUGGUUGAUGCUUUCUGGGUAAUGAUGCUUGGUCGAUUUGUCUUUGGAAUCGGCGCAGAGUCGUUAGCAGUCGCACAAAAUAGUUACGCGGUCCUUUGGUUCAAAGGCAAAGAAUUAAACAUGGUAUUCGGACUGCAAUUGAGCUUCGCUCGAGUAGGAUCGACCGUGAACUUCUUAGUAAUGGAGCCAGUAUACAAUUACGUAUCUCAAUAUUAUACGGGUCCACAAUGUAUCGGUGUAGUUCUCUUUCUUGCAUCCAUUACAUGUGUCAUGUCGAUGAUAUGCGCCUGUGCAUUGGGUUUUAUGGAUAAACGAGCAGAGAGAUUGCUCCGACGAGGAGAAGGACAGGAACCACAGGUUGUUAGUCUAAAGGACGUCAAGGAUUUUAAACCAAUUUUUUGGUUGGUCGCCCUCAUUUGCAUUGCUUAUUACGUCGCGAUAUUUCCCUUCAUCGCUUUGGGAAAAGUUUUUUUCGAGCGGAAGUAUGAAUAUGAGCCAUCCGCCGCAAAUACAGUAAAUUCUCUUGUUUAUUCAAUAUCAGCGAUAGCUUCGCCUCUUUUAGGUUAUUUAGUAGAUAGAACAGGCAAAAACGUAUCGUGGGUAUUUAUUAGUAUUUGUGUGACUAUCAUUGCUCAUGGUUUGCUCGCUUUUACCUAUUUGAGCCCCUAUGUGUGUAUGGUUCUCAUGGGAUUGGCCUAUUCUAUGCUCGCCAGUAGUUUAUGGCCUCUAAUUGCUCUCGUUACGCCAGAACAUCAACUUGGAACUGCUUAUGGAAUAGCGCAAUCUGUACAAAACUUAGGUCUCGCUGUAGUCUCAAUUGUGGCUGGCAUUAUUGUUGAUAAAGGAGGAUAUUUAAUGCUCGAAAUGUUUUUCCUUGGUUGGCUCUGGAUUUCGUUGAUUACCGCCGGUGCAAUCUGGAUGUCAGACAUGGCAACGAGUGGUGGUUAUCUCAACAUGACACCGGGACAAAGGGAACGAUAUGAGACAGUUCAAUGCACACCUGAAAGUUUGGAGCGAGAAAAAUUGUUAUCAUCGGAAUGCACGUCGGAUUUCUCAGCUGAUAGUCUUAUGCAACCACAAUCUGAUAUCAGUAUACGAAAUCGUUAUUUAUCUCGUAUUGGUGCAAUGGUACCCCCACAUGCGAUUACACCAAUUCAUCGACCAUUACGAUGAUAAUUUAGCUGCAAAUUUAUAUUAUUAUAAAUAGGUGUGUAAAAAUACUUUUAAAUCUUUAAGAACAAAGUUGGCUCAUUGUGUCUUCCUAUUACACACAGCUUGAUCUGUGAUAAUUUCGUAACGCAAUUUGAGAUUUCGCGUUAACAAUCGCAUUUAACAGUCUAUUAAAUAGCCUUUUUUCUUUGAUAGUCUUAAUCUAGAUUACAAUUAUAUAUGUCUAUAAAAUUUU